GAGAUUGCCGCAGAAAGGCCCUCGCGGGAGGGUUGUCUGGCUCAGUCGCCUGAGAAAAUUUGAACACGAGAGCGGCUCCAUCCCAGGCCAGGAGGUCGGUUCCGAUAGGGCGGCUGUUGGGCUUCCGUCAUGGGGGCGACACACCCCUUUCAACUCGGAAGUGCUAUCACAGAAGCCUUAACGCGGCUGCCAAGUCCAGUGGCCGAGGAGACAUCCGGGUAUUGAGAGGCUCGUCGCGGGAGCCUCGGACCUCCCGCCCCCUUUGUUCAUGAGGGGCCCGGAGGCCGUUAGCCGCGCUUGAUUGGAUGCUUUGGGACGGGUCGAUGCUUAUGGAUCCCACCGUGUUGCAGGAGGCCAUCCGGAUAUCUCCCGAUGCCAGGACACACUUCAAAGUCUGCAGGUUCAUCAUGGAGGCAGGUGUGAAGCUGGGCUUGCGCUCCAUCCCCAUUGCCACAGCGUGCACCAUCUAUCACCGCUUCUUCACCGAGGUGCCCCUGGAAUCCUAUGAUCCCUACUUGGUUGCCAUGGCAGCUCUGUACCUGGCCGGGAAGGUGGAGGAGCAGCACCUGCGGACGAGGGACAUCAUCAACGUGUCCCACAGGUACAUGCAUCCCCGGAGUGAGCCACUGGAGCUGGACACCCACUUCUGGGAGCUGAGGGACAGCAUCGUCCAGUGUGAGCUGCUCAUGCUACGGGUGCUCUGCUUCCGGGUCUCCUUCCAGCACCCUCAUAAGUACCUGCUCCAUUACCUGCUCUCUCUGAAGCACUGGAUGAACCGGCACAGCUGGGACCGGACCCCCGUGGCGGUGGCGGCCUGGGCCCUCCUGCGGGAUAGCUACCACAGGCCGCUGUGCCUGCAGCACGCCCCGCAGCAUAUUGCCGUGUCCGUCCUCUACCUCGCCCUGCAGUGCUACGGGGUGGAAGUACCUGCCGAUGCCGAAGCCGAGCGGCCGUGGUGGCAGGUGUUCAGCGAGGACCUCUCCAAGAACGUCAUUGACCAGAUUGUCUUGGACUUGAUACAGAUUUACACGCUGGACACGGAAAUCUCCUAAGGAGAAGGCUGCCGCGGCCUCGUUCUGCAAGCCCUCCGGCUGCUUCGAGCGCCCCAAGCAGAAGGGAGAGGCACUGCGGACUGUUGUGGCCGCCUCCCCUCUGUUUCUUUUCAGCCUGUGGCUUGACCAGCACUGAACUGGCACAAGCAGCCAGACAAUGGCGUGGACCACACACAUCCUGCCCUGUGACGUUUCUGACCUGCCGGGUCCUCCCCACCUGCGACCCUUUGUCUCCUUCUGUCCCUUGAACUCGGAGCUUGACCGGGGCCGCCGAGGAAAGGCACCGCUCCCUGUCUGUGUCUCCUGUUCCAGCUGAAAUCUGCAUCCUGAAUCGCCUCCGUUGUCACCCCUGAUUCUGGGAAGGCUCCUAAUGCUCCAACGUGACCACUGCUCGGCUGUGGGUCAGACCAGAACCAGAUGGGCGUCGAGGAACCAGAGGAACGUUUGGUCUUGGGCGCAAUGCUGUAUACCCACGGGGCUUCCAAUGCACAGUGUGACCCUGCGCACUCGAUUUCGUUAAUUCUAGAUUAAAAAAUGGAACUGUGA